AUGGACUGCAUCGGUCCGAUUGACCCGCCAUCGGCGCGUGGUCACAGAUACGCAUUGUGCGUAGUAGACGUUAACACAAGAUGGCCAGAAGUAGUGUGCCUCAGGACACUGACAGCAAAGGCCACGUGUGAUGCGUUAUUGGAAAUCUUCGCGCGUCUGGGAGUCCCCGAGGUGGUGUGUAGUGAUCAGGGGACAAAUUUCACUGCAAAGGUGACCCAGCAGCUGCUGUCGAAGCUAGGGGCGUGCCCGAGAUUCUCCACGCCGGACCACCCACAAAGUAACGGACUCGUCGAACGUUGGAAUGGAACAUUCAAGUCGAUGCUUUUUCACAUUGUGAGGGAGCAUGGACGGGAGUGGGACAAGUUUGUACCGUUCCUGCUUUGGGCUUACAGAGAGGUCCCGAACGUAACGACGGGUAAAUUGCCAUUUGAGCUGAUGUACGGGAGGGUAUUAGUGGGGCCACUCUCGAUUCUUCAAAAGACAUGGUCUGGCGAUUGGGCUUUCCCGGACACUCUGGGCGUGUCCGCAGAGGAAUACCUAUCGCGCUUGCGCGAAAGGUUAAUUGAGGCUAACGCAAGGGCCGAAGACAGUACUACGGUGGAGCAAUGUAGGUACGCUAGCAGGUAUAAUCUGCGGGUGACAGACAAACAGUUUAGAGAGGGGCAGCAGGUUUUAUGGCUCGAGAGAGAGGGCGAGGGCAAAUUAGUGGCCAAAUGGAAAGGACCUGCUAAGGUAGUGCGCAAGUUACGGCCGCACAGUUACUUGAUUGAAACGGAGGAUGGAACAUCUCGAUCAGUACACGCAAACAAGCUUCGCGCGUACCACGCCCGGGUUGGCGCCGUGGGUUUGAUUUUCGAGGGUGACAGUGAUUUUGGGGACAUCCAAACAUUUCCACCGCAGGGUGAACGAAACCAUCGAAUACCACUCGCUGCGUUGAGUCCCUUGAAGCCGUCACAGUGUGCUGAGGUUGUCGCGCUGGUCACUAGGCACGGCCAGGUCUUCAGGGACAGGCCAGGAAGGUGCACAGUUGGCAUGCACAAAAUAAAGAUCAAGGAGGGAGCGGCGCGACAGCCCGUUCAUCCGUAUAAGGUACCAAUGUCUUUCCGAAAGGAAGUCAAACGGCAAGUACAUGAGCUGUUGGCGUGGGACCUGAUAUACCCUGUUGAGAGCCCGCACGCGUAUCCAAUCGUAUGCGUAAGCAAAAAGGAUGGGGGGUUGAGGCUGUGCUGCGAUUAUCGUAAGCUCAACAGCAUCACCGAACCAGACGCAUUCCCGAUGAGUCUACCCUCCGAGUUGCUGCUGCAGGUGGCAAAGGCGAAGUAUAUAACCUUGAUUGAUAUGUUAAGGGGAUAUUGGCAAAUACCAUUGGAUGAGCAAGCACAAGCUCUCACGGCAUUCGUGACACCGGUUGGGCAGUACGCCUGGAGGGUAAUGCCAUUUGGACUGAAGAAUGCGAGCGCCACGUUCCAGAGAAUUAUCAAUGGCAUGCUGGCAGCCCACAGGGAAUACGCUUGCGCGUAUAUUGACGAUCUCGCGGUAUUCUCCAAGACAUGGGAGGAGCACCUCCAGCACCUUGAGAAGGUGCUCACUGCAGUCGCGGCCUCAGCCUUUAGAGUAAAUGCAGCCAAGUGUCGUUUCGCGAAACCAGAGGUUGAGUUUCUGGGGCAUGUUGUAGGCUCCGGAAAACUCAAUGUAGACCCAGCGAAGGUCAAGGCGAUUGAGGAAAUACCUGCACCGCAGACAAAAAGGGAGCUCAGGAGUUUCUUGGGGUUAGCCAGCAGUCCGCACAGCGCGAAGCUGACUCGAUGGGCUCUAGCGCUACAGAGAUUCAAUCUGACCAUUGAGCACAAAAGGGGAGUCGAAAACGCGAACGCCGAUGCACUGUCGAGGCUGGUGGGUGCCAAUGAAGAAACGCAGUAGGGGCCCGAGGGCACAGGCGGAGCGGGCAAUUCGCAGUACUCAAGGCUCUAUCAUGACUUGUGUUCGCGGGAGCGGGGGUACAGUCUACACCCGGACGCAAAGACGUUGAGCUCCUCUUGGUGAUGUGAUGCAUCCCAAUGUGGUGUGCAUCACAGUCAGAAGGGAGGUGUCGGGCUCAACUGCGCAUGUACAAAGCUCCUGACACAGAUGGAGCGCGUGGUUGGAGGAGACAAGGCCAUCACGCUGUGCUGAAGCCGCCUGCUCAAGAUGCAGCACCCGGCGGCGGAACACCUGGGAUCGACGCAACACCGAGCAACGGCGCAAACCUCAAGGACUGACGGCGAUGACCUCAAUCGCACACACGCCGGG